UACAGUUCGCUCUCUUUGCCGAAUUUUCCCAAAAGCUUUGCCCCAAAGAGGAGGACAUAGGCCAAGAAGAAAGGGCUUACUUGCUGCAAUUUGUGAUGGUGGAAGUAUGGUGGUCGGUUCUUGGGGCUGCUAUCCCUGCAGUUAUAGCGGGACAAGCUUUUAGAAUGAAGAAAAGGCAUGCUGAAGAACAGAGAAGUAAGACUGCCAGGGAAAGGAAGAAGAGUUCCAACGAAAAUUUUGUUUGUGAGAGAGUCUGCACUUCAAAGAGAAUGCUGAAAAAGGUUGGGGCUUUUUCGAAAGAUCCAAUUUCCGACACUUGUGUAACUGUCUGUGGCGUGUCUGAGCCCGAUGUAUGCUCCGAUGCUUGUGCCCGCACUGUUUGUGUCAACCAACAUCAGAAUGACAUUUGCCUUCGACGGUGUCAGAGUGAAUGCCUUAGACUCUCUGCUUCUGAUCUUCAUUAGCACAUUUUCCUCUUAGGUUUUGCACAUCAAAACGUUUAGAAUAUGACGCUUUAAUUACAGCUAGUCGGCGACUGCUACCUCAGUUUCAGUAGUUGGUCUCAAAGUAGUGAACCUUAGGAAG